UCCAACGCAAGUUCUCCACAACUCAUCCAUAAACUUCUUCAUCCAUAAUGACACGUGUCAAAGAAUUCUUUGCCGGAAUCCAAAAUUCCGGCAAGAACAUUGAUUUUUCCAAAAGAAAGAAGAAACUCUACUUAGCCAUUGUUGCCUCAGUGCUACUAGUUGCUGCAGUUAUCGGAGUAGUUGCCGGAGUAAAAUCCCGUUCAAAUAACUCCGAUGACCAUGCAGACAUACAAGCCAUUUCAUCUGCAGCUCAUUCCAUUGUAAAAUCUGCGUGUAGCAACACUCUACACCCUGAAUUUUGUUACUCUACAAUUGUGAAUGCCACUGGCUUCUCAAAAAAAGUAACUAGCCAAAAAGAUGUGAUUGAAUUGUCCUUGAAUAUCACUGUCAAGGCUGUUCGACACAACUUCUAUGCAGUCAAGGAACUCAUCAAAACUAGAAAAGGUUUAACCCCACGAGAAAAGGUUGCAUUGCACGACUGCCUGGAGACGAUGGACGAGACACUCGACGAGCUCCACACAGCCGUAGAUGAUCUGGAACUAUAUCCCAACAAGAAAUCUCUAAAAGCACACGCAGAUGACCUCAAAACUCUAAUAAGUUCCACAAUUACAAACCAAGAGACUUGCCUUGACGGUUUCUCUCACGCGAAAGCAGAUAAAAAGGUCCGCAAGGUUUUGCUUAAAGGUCAAAAACACGUUGAAAAAAUGUGCAGUAAUGCUUUAGCUAUGAUCUGUAACAUGACCAACACAGACAUUGCAAAUGAGAUGAAAUUAAAGGGCACUACCAGUAACAGGAAGUUAGUUGAGGAUAACGGCGAGUGGCCGGAGUGGUUGUCCGCCGGCGACAGAAGGUUGUUGCAGUCGUCGACAGUGACGCCUGACGUGGUUGUGGCGGCGGAUGGAAGUGGAAAUUUCAAAACGGUGUCGGAGGCGGUAGCGAAUGCGCCUGAGAAAAGUAGUAAGAGGUAUGUGAUUAGGAUAAAGGCUGGUGUUUACAGGGAAAAUGUGGAGAUCCCAAAGAAGAAGACAAAUAUUAUGUUUAUGGGAGAUGGCAGAACCAAUACAAUUAUUACCGCAAGUAGGAAUGUGCAAGAUGGUAGCACUACCUUCCAUUCUGCUACAGUUGCCGCGGUGGGGGAGAAAUUCUUAGCCCGCGACAUAACUUUCCAAAACACAGCAGGGGCCGCGAAGCACCAAGCCGUGGCACUUCGCGUGGGUUCUGAUUUGUCCGCAUUUUAUAGAUGUGACAUAUUAGCCUAUCAAGACACCCUUUACGUCCACUCCAAUCGUCAGUUCUUUGUAGGGUGUUUAAUUGCUGGGACCGUUGAUUUUAUUUUCGGCAAUGGGGCUGCUGUUUUACAAGACUGUGAUAUUCACGCGAGGCGUCCUGGUUCAGGCCAGAAGAACAUGGUCACAGCCCAAGGAAGAACUGACCCAAACCAGAACACAGGAAUUGUUAUCCAUAAAUGUAGAAUUGGUGCAACGUCUGAUUUGAGACCGGUUCAGAACAGUUUCCCUACAUAUCUAGGAAGGCCGUGGAAAGCAUAUUCGAGGACUGUGAUCAUGCAAUCGUCGAUCACUGACGUAAUUCAGCCUGCCGGGUGGUUUGAAUGGGAUGGAAAUUUUGCACUGAGUACUUUGUUUUAUGGGGAGUAUGCAAAUACUGGGGCAGGUGCAGGGACAUCAGGAAGAGUUAAAUGGAAAGGGUAUAAGGUUAUUACAAGUGCUACGGAAGCACAAGCUUAUACUCCUGGAAGGUUCAUUGCUGGAGGUGGUUGGUUGGGCUCCACUGGCUUCCCUUUUUCUCUUGGCUUAUAAAAUCGUGUCACAUAAAAUGAAACCGCGAGAGUAUUAUUUUGUUUCAAUUAGUUUUUGUUGGUAUCUCUCUUCGUGAAGUUUUUCUUUUUAGGAAUGGUUAGUUUGAGCUCAUGUGGAGACUGGGGUGUGCAGGGGAAGUGUAUUUGGCUGAUGGCAAAAUAAUAAGAUCCAUCCACGAAUGGAUGUUGGAAAUAUGUUUUAUGAACAUUUAUUCGUGCUGAGGAAUUUCAGUGAUUCAGUAUUACCUAUUAUGUGUAAUUUUAUCUUAAUUAAGUGAAAAGCCAAAAGAAUGUGGAAAUAAAAAGAAGAGGAUUUUCAAAGUUCCA